GGUUAAGGAGAAUUUUCAAUUGACGACUUAAAACAUGAAUAAAAUCGCACGUUGAAUACAAGAAAUAUAAUUUUAAUAUGACAAUAUCAUAAUGGAGUCAGCAGAAUUGUCGGAAGAGGUUCCCUCGCGUACACAAUUCACAGUCGAUGAUUUGGACAUUGAAAUAUUACCAGUUAUUUAUGAAAUAAUACGAAGCAUCGAAAAAGACCCACAUGAUACUAUGCAAAAGGCCAAAGAAUCUCAAGAUACGAGUCAUAAGAUACUAGAGCUUCAAAAAAAAAUAGAUUCUGUAAGAGCACAGAUCAAAAGAUUACCAGGAAUAGAAUACAGUAGAGAAGAACAAUUACAAAAGCUUGAAACUCUUCGCAAACAGCUGAGACUUAAACGAGAACUAUUAUUAAAGUAUCGUAAUAUGUGCACAUUUGAAGUCCCAAAAGUAUAAUCAUUUAUUCAAUUGCUGAUAAAGGAUCAUAUCAUGAUGCGUAUUUUUCGUACGUUGUUUUUAUAUUUAAUGAAUAACGAACGUUUGAUUAACAAAUUAGCAGAUUCGAAACCGGUCAGGCAAGCUGCUCAGU